UUGGCCGCUGAUAUUCAAUUUAAUACUCCGAUUCCAGUAAUUCCAAAUCAACAACCCUGCGUUGAUGGUCUAACGAAGUACGCCCAUCUUCUACAAGUUAUCGACGAGAUGGGACGUGACAUAAAGCCUACGUAUGUCAAUAAUAAGAACGCAGCUGAGAGACUAAAGAAAAAUAUCCACUCCGCACGUAUCCUGGUUCGUGAUUGCGUUGCUGAACUGGAAAGGGUUUUAAAAAAAGAACUGGGAAGCUGUCCUCGAACCCCAUACUCGACUAAAUUUUGUGAAAUGUACUAG